GGAUAUAGUGAAUGCGGGGUCCGGGGAGACCAGAUAUAGUGAAUGCAGGGUCCGGGGAGAGCGGAUAUAGUGAAUGCAGGGUCCAGGGAGACCGGAUAUAGUGAAUGCAGGGUUCAGGGAGACCUGAUAUAGUGAAUGCAGGGUCCGGGGAGAGCGGAUAUAGUGAAUGCAGGGUCCAGGGAGACCAGAUAAAGUGAAUGCAGGGUCCGGGGAGAGCGGAUAUAGUGAAUGCAGGAUCUGGGGAGACCGGAUAUAGUGAAUGCAGGGUCCGGGGAGACCGGAUAUAGUGAAUGCAGGGGUCCGGGGAGACCAGAUAUAGUGAAUGCAGGGUCCGGGGAGACAAGAUAUAGUGAAUGCAGGGUCCGGGGAGAGCCGGAUAUAGUGAAUGCA